CACACAGUGGAUCAACGCAGAGUUGUGCCAAUAUGAAAGGACACAGCUGAGGACAUUUAUUGUAAACUGUACACACUCUACUGGGUUCUUCUUUGUAAUGCAGUAUGUUCUAGCUGUGUUCAGUGACUACAGCCCUGCUACAGCAUUGUGGAUUGCAAUUGUGCGGACAAUUUACUUAUCUCUGUCUCCUGGACCGUUCUGAUGUUGAUCUCGUGCUGUGGUUAGAGAGACUACAUGGCUUCAGGUGGAGCAGAGGAAGACGAUGGAGGCAUUCCAUUGGACAUUGACAACGUGCACAUGCUCCUCCAAGUGGAGCAUGAACAGAUUCAGAAAAGGACAUUCACCAACUGGAUAAAUGCUCAACUCUCUAAGAGAUGCCCACCCUCAUAUGUGUCAGACCUCUUUUCUGACAUCAGAAAUGGGUCACAGCUGCUCGACCUGUUGGAGGUGAUGACUGGCCAACCGAUGAAACGACAAAGAGGCCGUGGGGUUUUCCAGCAGAGGGCCAACAUUGAAACAGCACUGAACUUUCUCAAGAGAAAAUCUAUCAAAUUGGUGAACAUAAACAUCUCAGAUAUCAUAGAUGGACGGCCCUCCAUCAUCCUCGGACUUAUAUGGACAAUCAUCCUCCAAUGUCAUAUUGAGGAGCUGGCCAGCACUCUCUCCUUCAGCUCUUGUCAUUCCUCCCUCGACUCUUUGGCCAGCCUGGACUCCUGGUCAGGGAGCCCAGUCCCAGCUAGUCCGGUCCCUGCAGGCCGGACAUCGCCUCUCCACAGACGCUUCCGAAUGUCCGCCAAGAAGGCCCUGCUCAUGUGGGUCAGGGACCAAUGCCAAAAGGUUGGAUGCUCUGUCAGUAUGAAGGACUUCAGGUCGAGCUGGAGAAGUGGUGUUGCCUUCUUGGCCAUCCUGUGUUCUCUCAGACCGCAGCUGGUUGAUCUCUCACUGGUCCAGUCCAGAAGCAACCAGGAGAACCUGGAAGAGGCGUUCCACCUGGCUGAGAGGGAGCUCCACAUCCCCCGCCUGUUGGAGCCACAGGAUGUUGAUGUUAAAGACCCAGAUGAGAAGUCCAUUAUGACUUACGUAGCUCAGUUUCUGCAGUAUUCCAAUGACAUGCCAGCACCUGAUGACCAUCUGCAGCUGUUUCCUCCAGUCCAACCCUUUUCUCCCUCACCUGUGAACUUGCCUGCUCACUUCACUCCAGCAAUUGCUGUCUCACCCUUACGUCAGGUCUCUCCAAGUGAGCGAAUACUAGAGAUGACUUGCUGGCUGCAUCAAGCCUACCAGGAACUGUCAGAGGCACGGAUGGCUACAGAAAUGUCGAGCUAUGCAGAAAAAUAUCAGGUGUUUCAGAACCUCGCUGACUCCUUCACUGAGCAAAGGAGACCAGUGAUGAGCCUCCUUGCUGCCAUAAGACGCUGCCCUGAGCUGAGCCAAGAGCAGUGUGCUCUCGUGACAGCGUGGGAUCAUCUGGAAGAGGAGCUGCAGAGACGUAAAGCAGACCUGGACUUGAGUCUUCCUUCUCCUCUGAACUCUGUUGUUGUAUGGCUGCAGCGUGCAGAGGCAGCAUUAACAGAAGAUGGAGGAAUAACGCAAGAUCACGCAGAUGCUGCAAAAAAAGCAAGAGCUCAACAAGACACGCUAAAGACUUUAAUUAAGGAGAUGAGCCACCACAUCAAUAUCCUUGACACUUAUGACAACAUGGAUGACUCAGGGAACGUAGUAGUGCCCCUUGAAAAGUUUGAUGCGAUAAAAAGACGUUUAACCAAUAUCAGAGUCACAGCCAAGUAUCAAGGGAUCAAGUUAGAAUACCAGGAAUCCUGUCACACUGUACUGGAUCUUCUGGGCAGCAUCAAUGCUAAGCUUCAGACCUGGAAAUCGCCCUACACUUCCCAGGAUACAGUACUUGUGCUUCUGCAGGACUGGCAUGAAACAGUGGAGCGCCAAGGCCAGCUUUUGAUUCUGAUGGAUGCGCUCCAAAACCUGAAAGAAAAGGCAAAUGCUUACACUGGCAAGGCAGCACUAAGUCAAGAUUCCCAGCUUAUUACUCGCCAGGUGAAGGGAGCAGAAGGUGAAGCUGAAUUGGUCACACAGGCUGUGACGGCUGUGAGAGGGACGAUGGAGAGAGUGGUGUCUGCGUGGGAGAUUUACAACAAAUGCCUUCCUUCUCUCCAGACAUGGGUGGCACAGAACAUACAAUCGCACACCCAGACUCCUGCUGUAGAGACGCAGGAUAUGGGUGAGUGGACUUCAUGUCAGGCUAAGUUAAAUGAGGCGGGAAAUUUGCUCAUUGAAGUGACAGAAUCUUCAACCAGCCUCACUCUGGCCGAGCAACUCAGGAAGGUCAACAUGCAGUGGGCUGAAUGCAUGAAGAGGAAAAUGUUUGAAGUGUCAUCAGAGCCCAGUGUUGGUCCGAGCUGUCUUCAAAUGGUGCAUUCACUGACCCAGGAGGCCAGCUGGCUACUGAGGCAGCCACUGGAGGUGGCCUCAGUCCCACUGAAGGCUAACAGACAGAAACUACAGCUACUGAGUAAAAAGAUGGCUGAGGUGGACUGUUCAUCUCUCAGUCCAUCCCAAGACUUUCAAACAAGCCACAUAGAGAACCUCCAGCAAAAUCUCCCACAGAUGCUUGCUGAAGCAGAUAGGACAUGUAGAGAGCUACAGCGGGCUGCGUCCAGGCUGGAGGGCCAUUUGGCUGAGCUGGAACGCUGGAGCACAGAGGCCCUGGACUGUCUCCAGCACCUAAAGGGGAAAAAGCACGGAGGACACUCUGCAUUGGAACCUAUGGCCAAAGUACUGAUUUCUCGAGGCUUGCAUCUAGAGAACCAGGUUAUAACUGAGGGACAGGAUCUGCAGGAUUUUGUGGUUCAAGUUCAGAAAACCUGUCCUCUGCAGCACCUCAGCGCCUCUUCAUUGCAGGACAGGAUCUCAGAGGCAGUCUCCCACUGCCAGGAGAUUCUUGGAAUGUUUAGGUCAUUUGGGUUUAUGCGAGAUGUGGAAGCAGACCAUCAAACACAGAGACAGCCAGACGCAGGGUUAUUUGUUGUGGCCAGAACCAAACAUGUAGACCAGAUUGGGAACGUUAUGCUGCAAAUCCAGGACCCAAAUCAGGUUUCACACAGGACAAUAGGUCUCCAGGUUUGGCCUAUAAAGCAACACAUGAACAAAGAGGAUGGACCAACCAUUGUUAUACCCAAUGUCCAAAUCAAGCCUUUGAAGGAACCAGUACAUCCUCUUGCUCAAACUGUAGAAGGGGCUAAAUUUUCAAAAUCCCUCACUCAAACUACAAGUCCAAGUCAAAAUGAUGGACCAAAGAACACAAAACACCCAGUCCGAGAGGAAAAGCAAAGCUCACCCCCCUCACAAACUCAGAUAUCGAAACCCAGAGUAAGCGUUCUACAGAGUAAUAAAACAUCUCCAUGGCAACCGCUCAUGGUCCACGGUGAAGUUCAUUCGAAAGCAAAGUCAAUGGCGAGGAGCAGACUGGAGAAGGCCAGGUUUCGUCUGCAAGGACGCAUCCAGCAAGCCAUGAAGUUAUUUGGGGGCAAAGAGAUUUCGGAGACACAAGCCAAGAGGAAACAGAAAGCUUUAAAGAUUCUGCAGCCUGCCAUCCUCGAGGAGUUCCUGGAUGCAGUGGAGGGUUUGGGGGCCUUUUGCGCUGGGCCCCAACUCCAGGACUUGAUGCUCCUCUCUGACUCAGUCAGAAAGCAGUGGGAGGAUGUACGCAGAGAAAUGGCUGCCUUUGUUCCCAUCUUAUGGUCUAAGAUCAGAGUUGGAAAGCAGUCAUUUUCUGUUGUGCAAUGUGAAACGCAAACUAACGCUCUGCAUGAAGCCACUGACCACACUGACCUUGAGUCUUUGCCGCAGAAACAGGCUGUCGUAGAUGGAGCUGCAUCUGUCGAGGAAUGGGCUGAAUCGCUCGAGGAGCUGUGUGAAACUCUAACACCAAGAAAAUCCUCCUGCCUAGCAACAGAUCAACUGCGGGAGUCAGAUGAAGCACAGGAGACACAACCCAGUGACACAAUGCUCCCAUCUGACUGCAGGGGACGGCCGCUCCAUGGAAAGACCCCGCUGAGAGCGACUGGCAUAUUGGCCGACACGCAGCAGAGCAACAGUCUCCCGCAGAAACAAAGCGUGGACAGCCCACAACAAGACCUCUCACCUGUGGGUAGUGCUGUGUCAGUGCGGCCUCGUUGUGAUUUCCUGCAAGUGCAGGCUCAGGAUGUCCCAACAGAGAGUGAGGAUGACCUGGCACAACGUAGAGGCUGUGGGUCAGGGAAAAAUCAAAAGCCCUCACUUCGAGACAAAGAGCAGCCGCUGAAAGCUCGUCUACUACACAUCGCUGAGAGCAGUCAGCAAACCGAAACUCAUAUACAGGCGGUGGUCAGGGGAAACACUGUGGAGACCAAGCAGGAGGCAGAGUGGACCGUCAUCCCAGAGACUGUCGGCCCACCACAGGAAGAGGACUCAUCAGAACAGGAAGUACUGGAAAGUAUGGCAUCUCUAGAGAAUACUGCAGACCUGUUAGAGUCUGCAGAUGAUCAAAUCACACUGAUCACAGAUAAACUGGACCAGAUCAUCAGAACGUCUGUGGACAUCUCCUCCUUCACCUUGGCUGAUCAUAGACUUGUAUCAGAUUUAAAGGAGAUGGAUGAUAGACUGCAGUCUGAAAUGAGAAACCUCUCAGAACGACUCAUUGAAGAGGAAAGACCGGGGCCCGACACCACAUGCCCUUCAUCCCUCUGCCAGGCUCACAACAACGGUAUCCAUCAUCUCGAUCAGCUCAGACAGCGGCUGGAGAAGUUUCAGUCAGCUGCCCAGGCCCUGGAUCAAUUCCUGGCCACAGUGCGUGAAGUCAAGGCUGAGAUUUCAACCGUGCUGGCGAACCAGGACCCCAGCAGACAGCAAAAUGAGGCAGACUGGGAGCAGGAGAGACACUCUUGGCAGGCUACAAUGCAACAGAAGUUGCAGACUGCUGUGGAACAAUCUGAUAGUGUUGACAGCACUUUAAAGGCAGUGGGGAUGACUCUGACCAUUGAUGGUCCAACAGUGACGUGCCAGGAUGUGGUGACAUCAUUGUCCCAGCAAGCUGCGGACGUGGAGAAAGAGCUGAUGAGAGCCAGGAAGAGGGAGAGAAAAGAUGAGAAAUUUCUAGUUGAAAAGGAGCAAAUCAAAGAGAAUGAAGAGGUGAAUCGUUUAGAGAUACGUCAGAAAAAGACAGGGGAUGAUUCAGCACAGCAGGAGCAUCCCACUCCAAGUAUGAUGGAAGAGGAGACAGAGUUGGAGGCCAAAAGGAGUAGGCUGGAAGGAGAUAUAAUGAUGCAAAGUGAGGAAGGGAACAAGGCUCAAACAUGGAAGUCUGAAGGGGAUGUCUUAAAAGCCAAUGAUGGGAGAAGAAGAAGAAGUCUGGUUAAGAAAGAGGGCGAAGAGAAGGAGAGCUGUUUCCAGAGGACAAGUGCAUUGUUAGGUGCUCUGAGGGAGAUUAAAGAAACAGCUGAGCAGCUGAGGUUAAAGGAGCCCACCCUACCUGCUCUGCAACAGAGGUCACGUGCCUUGACAGAACUGGAAAGUCGUCUUGCUGCCCACCUCACUGAGCUGCAGUACAUACAGGAAGAAUCCUCACAAUCACGAAACCCUGAUGUGAGUCAAACCAGAGAGGUGGAGGACGUCUGGGAGGAGACCAAAAAAGCUGUAACUGAGAGGCUGGAGCAGUGUAAUGUUGUAACAGAGCUGCUGAAGAGGUUUCAGAGCAUUCGUGGUGAGCUGAGUGGGACACUGCAGAGGGCAGAGAGCACCAUCAGUGAACAAGCCUCCUACAUGGGGAAAGACAACCUGCAGCGACUGCACACUAAGGUCCAGGAAACAAAAGCAGAACUGAAUGGCCUUGGGGAUGGCAUAGAGGAGGUCCGCAGUGUCUGCAGGCAGCUUCACACUCAUCUACGGCAGAUCCCAGAACUUAUCAUCCCAUUUGAGGGUGAAGCGGAUGCUCUCAUGGACCGCUGGCUGGAUAUAUCGGAAAGAACAGAUUCCCACCUUGAAAAUAUACACCUUGGCCUGACUCUGUGGGAUGGGAUCCUCCAUCUGGGAGCAGAGGUGGAGAACUGGACUGCCAAUAAAUUGGCAGUAUUUGCUCAAUCUCCAUCCUUUCAGACAGAGGAAGACAUCAGUGCCUUGCGGAAUGAGAUUGUGGCCCAAGAGGAGAAUAUGGAGCGUUUCCACCGAAAAACUAUUGAGAUUCAGGUGCUGCUUCAAAGCUCAGAGCCCCAUCUGGAGCUACAGGUUGUCGAGACUCAGAUGAGAAAGAAGAUGGAGCAGCUGAAAGAGCUUGUUUCUGAAGCUGAGGAUGUUUACAGGCAGUUGGUAGCUGCUAAAGGACAAAUUACUGCCAGGAUGGCUGAAUGUUUUAACUCCCUCCAGAAGAUUCAGGACUCCCUCCUCACUCUUAGUGGUUCAGAUGUUGCAACAGUCCUUGCAAAACUUAAGGAACUAUUUUGUGAGCUCCAGACCCAGGGUGAGCAGGCAGAGAGUCUGCUGGAGGAUCUGCAUGUUAUGGCCUCCAUAGCAAGUUCAUCCAGCCUACAGAGUCUGUCUGUGGACGGGAUGCAGCUACAAGAUAAAGUCAAAAACACCCAUCAGCUCUUUUCUGAGGUGGAAGAACAGACUGAGAAGAAUAUCCAGGCCCUCAACAGGCUGCAGAGGGUUAGUGCGCAUUUGGAACAAUGGUUGCAAGCUGUUGAGGAGAAAGCAGUGAAGGAGGAGGAUCUUAGUCUCCUGCAAGAGGAAGCACUUCAACAAAGGGUGAGAACAGAGGCCCUCAAUCAGCUUGUGUCAACCUUACAAAGCAGCCCACUUCAGCAGUCUGCUCUGGUGAAAGAGAGUAGCAAAUUGCUGGAACGAUACCACACCUUUCAAACCAACACACUGCAUGGCUUCACGGAGAGGCAGAGCUCUUUGAGCAGGGACAUCGGAGCGUUUCAGAGCCUUUCAAAGUCCACUCAAUCCUGGUUUGGAGAUCUGAGACACACUGUUGACUCUCCACUAGGUGAAAACCUUGAUAUCCAGAGUCCCGUAGAGCAGAGACUUCACCAUGCUCAGGCUGUGGUAAGUGGAAAGGCAGAGGAGGAGGCUCGCCUUGAAAAGCUCAGAGUAAUUGGAAAUGAUAUGAGCCACAGACUGUGUGAUGGAGACGACCUGAAACGUGACAUUCAGGAAACCAUUCAGAAAACGGGGGAGCAGUGGAAGGACCUUCUCCAAUCAGUUGAGUCUCAUCACAGUGUCCUACAAGGUGAUCUAGAGCUCACCUCCUCCUACCUUGCCCAGAGACAGCAGGCCUGCCGCACAGUGGAGGCGCUGCAGCACAGAACUGCUCGGCUUCCCACUUUAUUCCCCUGGCCUGGCACGGCUGAGCGCAGACAAGUCUGCCUUCUAGCCCGUCAACUGCAGGAUGAGUCUGAGUCACUGCUAUUGACUCUUACCAGCCUGGCUGAACAGAGGAGGGUGAUGAGUGAGCGAAGCAGCGACACCAUCUGGAAAGAUUCCUCCUCGGCUGAGCUGGAGACCUGCUUGUCAUCACUGAAGGCAGAGCUGCUGGGUGUGUGUUCCCGCCUCGAGGAAGGUGUGUGUAAUGAGGAACAUUUUGGCCAGUUGCUGCAGGAAUGCCACCAUAAAUUGACAUCCCUGCAGGAGAAGAUGUCAGCCUGUCAAGCCCAGAAAGAAAUCUCAGUUGGAAUGAUCACUGAUGUACCAGCUCUGGAGGCUUUGCUACAAGAAGUAACAGACACAGAAAAAUGCCUUUUAGAAAUUCUAACACUGAAGGACUCUAUCACAGCCAGUUCCACAGCCGAGGCCCAGUCCAGCCUCUCCCAACAAGUCAGCAACCUCCAAAACCACAAGAUGGCACUAGAUAGUAGCAUCAGAGAGGCACUGCUCACUGAGAUCAGCAGCCAGGGAGUUCAACAUGUGAGGGACGAGGUAUCCUGUGUACAGUCAGCACUAAAACACCUGGCUGAAGAUGUUGAAAAUUUGUGUGGGAACCGUGAAGCGUUGCUUGAUAUCAGCCAGCUCAAACAGCAGUGGUACACAAUACAGGAUUGUGAUACCAGGCUGAAAGAGUUGGCAGCAAGAGUUAACAACCUCCAAAAGCCUGCAGAGUUGAGCAACACACAAGAAAAGCUUCCUGCAGCUGUAAUUUUGACCAUUGAUGCUGUUGCUAAAGACCUUGACAGCUUCAGGUCCAUUUAUCUACAAAAGAAGCAGGAGUGUUCCGAAAACACAGCUCACAGGGUGAGGCAGGUCAUCAGCCAGCUGCAUAAGUGGAGCCAAACAGUACAAGCUGAACCUUCAUCAGCCAGCCCGGCAGCUCUGGAUGAGGGUUUGUUGCUUCAACAAGCUGUUCAUGACGUGCUCUCAGAACGAGAUUUUCUUCUACACUGUCACUGUGGAAGAAGAGCGACAAAGGAACUGGAGAAAAGUGCUUCCUAUGCUCUCAGUGAAAGCAAACCUAAAGUUGAAACUUUAUCUAAAUCCCUGGUUUCACAGGUCAGUCAAGGUCACUGUGAAGAGGUAUUGGACAAAUAUUUAUCAGGCAGAGUUGUUGAAGAAAUUGCUCCUUCCCCUUCUGCAACUGAUAACAAGGAAAACUCUGAUCAAAAUGACAACAAAAUUCAAACCAAAUGCACUUUGGAAACAGCCGAAGAAGAUGCCUUUGUCUGUAAUCAAGUCCCAUGUGCAGAAAUCCCAGAUGCUGUCAAAUCAAAAACCCAACAAGAAUCACAACAGUUAACAUCAACUCCACCAAAAAUAAACUUGAAGACUGAUCUCGGGCCAAAAGAUGAUACUGGCAAAUUGAACACUGAUAACAAUCCUUUAAGCAGUGGGUACAGGACACUUCCUGGAAAUAACACAGAGCCUUUAAAGUCAGAUUCCCUUUCUGCUCUCAGCAAGAGUUUAAUUGCUUGGCAAGAGAACACUGAACCAUUGCAAGAAGACACUACCUCAACCCAGGACUCAAAAUUGUUAGCUAUAUGUACAAGCAAUGCCAAAGAAACCAAUUCAGCACACUGUGUCACACCUCUGGUUGGAUCCGCAGCAACAAAGCCAGACUACGUUCCCCUUUCUACCACUGAAAAGGUGUCUGAAAAUCUAGCAGCACAAUCAGAGGCAUUUAAGGCAGUUAUAGAUGCUCAAGCACAAGAGAACCACUGUGAGAAAAAAAGUGCAACUCCAAAGAAAGUGGUUUCAAUUGUGUUGGACGUGGAGCCGCAGGACAUGCAAAAAAACGAAAAGGCUAGUCCAGAUGCACUCAGAUGUUCUCACAGAGCAGAUCUGUGCGAUGCAAAGUUCACGAAUGUUUCAAAUACAGGAUUUCCUAAAAAGAAAUCUGGACUCUUUACAGCACUAAUCAGUCCCAAAUCAGACAAAACAGGCCUUCAUCCAGCAGCACAAUCAGAUACAUUUAGGGAAGUUACUCAAGAAAAGGAGAAAUACUGUGAGGAAAUCAGCAUGAGCCCUGAUAAAGUGUAUGCAAUAGUGUUGGACAUGGAGCUGCCUGAGUUCCAGCCACAGGAUAGUAAGCACAGGGAAAAUGUUGGAGCCAGCAGUCCAGAUGUAUCCAGAUGUUCACAGGGAGCAGAGCUUUGUGAUGUAACACUCAUAGAAGUUUCAAGUAUAGAAUCUCCUGAGAAGAAAGCUGGAGUGUUUAAAACAUUAAUCGCACUUGAAUCAGAUGAGACAAACUUGAAAAUCAAUUAUUUAAAGAGUCAUGCAUUAAAAGAGUCCCAAGUGGCAGACUCACUGCCAGAAAAUCCCUUGGCAGUUCUAAGAACAGAAUUGGAGGAGGUAAAUUCUACAAUUGCCAAAAAAUUAUCAUGUAAAGGAAACCCAGAAACCCACAAUGAGGUGUCGAAUUCCUCCAAAUCAUGUGGCAGCGUUGCUGAGUGUGAGCUCAUUGGUGCAAAUGCAGCAGAAACAACAUUUCCGGACGGCAAACAAGAGGAGAUGACAGAUUUCUGUCACACUGAAGAGCAAACAAUGAGCUCAGGCUUGUGUACUGUGGAGGGGGAUGCCUUAACUGAAAAACAAAUACCUGCUGGUGACAAACAGGUGACUGUUGCUGACACUGCACAGGACACAGGUACAGCAAACUUGGAGAUGGCAGAGGAGGAAAACAUGGAAGAAGAAAGUGAGCCUGAACACCCAGAGUCCAAACUUUCAAAAGUGCCAGACAGACGAGACAAAGUUACACUGCCAAUUGAAGAAAGUGAAUUAAAGGUGCCUGCAUCGCUGGAUGACACAGAGGUGACACAGGGACAGAAACCUGCUAUGUGUUUUCUUUCCGCUCUACCUGCACCCAGCUCCAAGACACACCUUGUCAUGUCCAAAAUAUUUGGAGAGACACCUCCCCUAUCCAAGAAAGCAUGGAGCCUGAGAGGACGGCAUCAGGGCUUGGCAUCUGAUCUGCAGGCCGGGAAGACAGCAGGUGGAUCACCAGAGUCCUACAAACAAAAGUCCACCAUGCAGGAUAUUUUGUCUGAGAUCCAGAGCUUGGUGGAACGAAGUAAUAUAAUAAAUCGGACACCACACAUUGAUUUGAAUUGGUACCUGAAAUCCUCUCCUGAUGAACCAGAGAUUCGAUUGGUACGAACUGUCCAAAAAGUUCUGAUAUGUCGCUAUAAACCAGCACAACUUGAUAUCAUGGCAAUGGUCAAACAACUGAAGGAGGCAGAGGACUACAGACGCUGUGUGCAGGAGCAAGUGGUUACUAUGAAAAGCAUAAGAGCUGCCAGGAUUUGUGACCCAGAUGCCUUAAAAAGUGCUGAAGAACAGUGGAGUGCUGCACUGCUGGAUGCGUCUGCCACAGUGCAGGUCAAAGCAGCACAACUGGAUCAGGUCAAACAGUAUCACAAACAAAUGAAGAUCACCAGAGCAUUUCUGGAGGUUGUAGCUGUUGAGAAAGACAAAAUGAGCUUAAAAACUUUGGGAAGCAGUGCCCUUCAAGCUGACAAACUCCACGCCCUUCUGCAAACCAUGGUACAGAAAAAAGACAUGAUAGAAGAGCUCCUCCAGUUAAGUAGCCAAUUGUCAGUCCACUUGAGCAAAGCUGAAAGUUCAGGCGCUCUUCUUGCCCAGCUUGAAGAUAUCCAGGAGGAAUGGAGGCUUUUAGAAGGAAGUAUCAAAAGAGCUCUGCAGCAUGCCUCGAGCUCCGCCACUCAAUCCUCUCUUCUCAUAAAAGAGGCUGAACAUCUUAAAGCCAAGCUUGAAUCUCUUCAGGCAACCAACUUUCAAAGCCAUGAUUGCAAAAGUGCUUUAGAAUUUGUUUGUCUUACCACUGACCUAAAACUGUACAAACAGCUUUAUCUGCACUUACAAUCCCAGUCAGAUGCUCUUGUCCAUUUCUCGCUGGGUCAGAAAGAGAAGGAUGAGAUCAAACGUUGUCUUCAGGAACUGGGAUCGUUGCUAAAUGUCACCAAGAGCAAGCAUGACACUUCCUUGUAUAGCUGUGGCAGCAUUUCUUCAGCUAAGAUCAACAAGCAAUUACAAGACUUGAUCAUGUGGGCCAAAGAGGCAGAAAACCACAUCACUAUUGUGAAAAGGUUAGCUCUUUUCCCCGAGGAGGCUCGUAUUCAGAUUGUUGAGAUGAAGAAAUUUCAGACUGAUAUUUGGUAUAGAAGGUCCAAGAUGCAAGAAGAAGUGGAGCAGAUGAAAUAUCUAGCCUCUGAUAUGGAAAAGGAGGAAAGUGACCAAGUAUUGAAGACAGUAGAAGAUAUGUAUGAAGCCAUUGCUGACAGCUUGGAUCAUGUUCUUGGCACCAUGAAAAAAAACCUGCAGGAGAGGGAGACACUGUUAUACCAGCUUGCUAGCAUGGAUGCAUGGCUAGCAGAAACACAUGCUAAAAGAGACCCUUGCACCCAUGUUGACAAUAUUUCAAAAGCUGACAUCAAAAAGCUGGAGAGUGAGCUGAAAAAUCACAAAUUAGUUACAGCAGAGAUAGAGAGCCAUCUAAAGCUGGUGGAAGCAAUGGCAGAAAGUUGCAGGGAAAUAGCCGUAGGGUUGAGUCCAGGAGAAAGCCGCUACCUUGUCAACAGACUGUCAGGCCUUUGGACAGAAUUAGAUGGAUUGCUAGCUCAUGAGAAAGCAACCAGCUGGGAAUUAGAAGAGCUGAUUCAUGAGCAAACCUCAUUAGAUGAGGAGUUAUCAACCAUUCAGGCUAGUUUACUGCAGAUUUCCACUGAUUUGAAGGAGCAGAGGUUCCCUUUAACACAGGAAACCUUUUCAACAAUUGCACAUUUGAAGCACAUGCUAAUGGAGCAUCAGUGUCAAGUACAAGAGCUUCAACACUGCCAGGAGGCCAAGCGAAGCUCCCUGUUAUGCACCAUUGGGGAACUACAAGACCAGUGCAAAACACUUACUAUUAAUAUCUUUGAGCAAGUAAAAUAUCUUCACCUAAGGAGACAAAUAGAGGAGUCUUGCGACAUUGCCAAAAAGCAAACCCAACGUGCCAAAGAUAAAACAAUCAGUGUGGGUCAGAGGUUCAGACUAUGCCAAACACUUUUAGUUGACCUUCCUUUGGUGAAAACACAGUGCCAAGAAGCAGCUGACCAAUUGGAAGCCAUCGCUCAAGACUUGUACCCAUCUGAGCUUAAUUCAGAGAGGCAGAAGAUCCAGAGCACUGUGGAAACUUUAGUCUCCCUGGAGUGUUCUGUCACAGAUGAUAUCAAAAACCUAGAGGCCAAGCUUCUGCUGGGUCUUCGUUUUUCCUCAGAGCUUCCUGCCUUAAUAGAGCUUUUCCAAAGAACAAAAGUGGAGCUGGAGGGAGCAGAACAAGUAAAUCCAGAUGAAAAAGCCAUAGAUAUUGCACUAAGAAGGUAUUGGGUUAUUUGGAGAAAUAUGGAGUCUGGGAUGAGGGUGUUGGAAGGUCUGGGACGGAAAGAAGAAAUUAACCUGAAGAACUACAAGGAACUGUACUCUCUUAGGGACACAACCAUGCAAGAGUGCAGUUUACGAAUGGAGAGUUUAUCCCAGGCUAGAGAAUCCUUGAAAGAUUACCAAUGGGCUGCUCAGGUAGCAAUAGGCUUCCUUCAUAAUGCUGAAGCCACCUUCUUAUCAGCUCCUGGAGGGUUUUUGGACUGUACUGAGGAACAAAGACAGACUCAGCAGGCUCUAGAUGCUCUUGAAGAUGGAUUUCAGGAUCAUAUCUGCCACCUUGCAGACGUGGUGCCCCACCAAACCUUGCUGUCCUGCCCAGAGACUGAGCAGCUCCACAUCAGCAUCCUCAGUCAGUUGUUGGUGGGAAGAGCCAUACUAGAGGCCCAAGCCAAGCUCAGGCUGGAGACCUUGCAGAGGUGCGAAAUAAGACAAGAAAUCCACAGGAAGUGUCAUGAAGACAUUAGUCAGCAUCUUUCAGCGCUUGAAAAAAAGCUUUCAGAAUGUGCUGCAGAACAAGUGACAUCAUAUGACAAAUGUGUUGCCCAACAAAAAAGAGCCAAGGUUUUGAUGGAGGAUGUUCGCAGUCUCGCUGGUAAAAUAGAAGAACUGAGAGCUGGAUGUCCGAUGCAGGGCUGUGGGGUUGGAAAGGGGGGCGAGCUAGACACCCUCUGGAGGCGCUGGGUGUCAUUACGACGUGGUGUUGGUCUCCUCAUGGCACACACAGAACAGAGGGCAGAGGAAUGGAAGGAUAUCACUACAAGUAUGGAGCAGUGUUGCAGCUUUUUGGCCAGUCUUCAGGCUGAGGUUCCUGACUCCUCCACCGUGAGCUUCACUCAAGAGGAACCCCAGGAGCUUCUGGUUCAGGCUGAGAUGCACCAGGUUGGGCUGGAGCAGGAGCAGCAGGCCUUGGCCUCCCUGGAGCAUCGACUGGAGCACGCCCUGAGCCUAUCUAGUUCCCAGGAUCCCAUCAGCCCUGGACCUAUUGGCAAAACACUAGUGAAGAUCCAAGAGAAUGUCAGGAGCUUGAAAGAGAGAAACCUGCUGGUUGUAGCUGCAGCCCAGGCAGAGGAGAAAAAGAGACAGCAACUCCAAGAGGACAUAGGAGAGGUGGAGCAACAUGUGUUUGCCAUUCUUCCCUUGCUGGAAGCCUGUUCAAAUCCAUACAAACAACAGGAGCUCAGUAGGGAUUUGUCCUCCCAGAAGACCAAACUAAAGUGUAUCAUGGACAGUCUGCAGAGCCAGUAUGCUGAGAUACCAGCUGAUAUCAGCAAAAGGUUACAAGAAGUUCAGCUGUCUCUACAAAGAGAACAGGAGAAGAAGAGCGACCCUGUUCAGAAGCUGGCUGAUCAAGUGGUGGAGUUGGGUUCUGGCCUGGAGAAAGUUAAAGCGUUACUGGAGAAAAGGAGUCCAACAGUCAAUGAAGCUCAAAAUGUACUCAAGCAUGUGUGGGAUGAGCUGGAUGCAUGGCAUAGCUGCUUGAUGCUCCUGGAGAACGAGGUGCAGGAUCUUGCGGAGGAGAAUCCAGAUCAAGCUCACCUACUCAUGGACCAACUCACCCAACCACUGCAGCUCUACCAAAACGCAGCACAGAUGGCCGAGCAACGUACUGCCUUCCUCAGCAAGAUCCCUGCCUGUCUUCAGGAGUUUGAAGAUAUUCUGUACAGCGCCACCUGCUGGUUAGAUGAGGCCCAGUCAUGGCUCACUGCUCCCUGCUCGUUUACAACAGCCAGAAGCCUCCAGAAUCAUGCAAACUCCCUGCAGCUGGUCCUGGAUGACUCUGAGAGGAUCAGGCACACCCUGCAGGAUUUCAGGCUAGUCCUAGAGGAUAUCUCUGCUGUGUGUGACAUCAGCACCCAGGUGGAGAGGCUGGACCAGAAUGACCAACAAGUCCAAAAAAUGCAACACAAGAUCCUAGAGCCGCUGGAGCAGCUCCUGCAGGAUGUUGCAGUGGUGGAGGCAAUAGAGGCAGAGCUUAAGGCCAUGGACAAGAAUGUCCUGAAGAUCAAAGCAAUUUUAUCCUCCAUGGACAACUCCAACAUACCUCUGACGGAGCAUCUUCACAACCGACAGGUGAUACUGGCCAACAUGCAGUUGAUGCGGAGGACAUUGGAGGAGGUGGAGAGAUGCAAAAAAGAGCUUCACCUCCCACAGGGAGCACAGGAGAGUCUACUAAUAUUUUCCAGAGCCAGACAACUCCUGCAGCCCCUCGAGGAACUGGAACAGCUCACCCAGCAACAAGCCACGAUGCUGGAGAACAAGAUUAGGGAGGAGGAUCUUUGCAUCACUACAGUCUCUGAUACCCCUGAAGAAAUACAGCAGCUAGACGGAUCUCCACAAAGAUACUUCAAGGAGGAUUUUGAGGUGUCUAAUUCAGAGGAAGAGGAGGAUGAGGAAAACGAGAGUUGUCACUCGUCGUCCUCUGACACACUAACAUGCAGUAUUCCAGAGGACCCAGAGGAGACACUCAAUGCUUCAGAUGCGCAACGAGAGGAUAUUGAUGAAAUUAAGCCACUAUCAGAAGUUAAGGCACUGAAGAGUUUGGCAAGUCAGUUUUCUUCUGAAGUGGAGAUGAGCACAAAAGGUGCUGAAACUGGGUUUUUAUCUAUGGAGUCUGGGCUUGAUACAAAAGAGUCUGAGUCAGAAAAUGAUCCAGUUGAAACGGGAUUAAUAACAAUGGAUUCCAAAGCUGAUGUUGGCAAAGCAUUUAGCCCUGAAACACUAAUCGCUGCAGCCAUUCCAGCAGCAGAAAACAAGUCAAUUGCUGUUGCUACACUGGACCAACAUGGGUCACCAAAGCAUGAAACCCUUGUCACCGCCCCUCAUACAAAGAAGUCCUUUCAGGCAGCAGCUCCAGUGGAAGACACAAGACUGAUUCCUGCUAGACCUAUAACACCUUUCACUUCCAUCAGAGCAUCAGAUGAGUUUACAGAAGAGGGAGAUGGAAAUCUAUCUUUAUCCACUGCUCUCCAUCAAGAUUUGGACACAUUAAAUAUGUUGAAUGAGCAAAGUGAAGACAGUCGUGGUAGUUUGGCGGAAGAAUCUCAGUCGUCUAAGCUGCCGAUCAGCUUGGCUGGACAUGAAGAAGAUGGGGAGCAGCAAAGGUGGAGACAACUUUAUACCCAGAUCUCUCAUAAACUGACCACUUUGAAUAAAGUUAAGGAGGAGCAUGAAACCCUGAUCAGCUCAGACGAUGGAGGGACCCAUGAAAAGGUUCCAGAAAUGGAGCUGAUAUUAACUGGUUCUACUUCUGCUGUUCUCCAGCGGACACAUGAGUCCGUCACCAUGCUGAGACACAUAGUGACCUCUGCAGAUGAUUCACAUCCAGGUGGAAAUGAGGAGUUGUACAGGGGUGUACAGAGGGUCCUCCUCUGUCUGGAUGCUUUGACUGACCUUCUGUUGACUCCUGGUGGUGCUGGUGAAGAUGCCCCCCAGCUAAGGCUGCUACAGCAGGAGUGUGUAUCAACUGAGCUGGUGACUCUGGCUGAGCUGUUGAGUAAAGUGGAGUCAGAGACUAGGCCUGCACUUUCGAAGAAAGAACCAGAAGCUCUCUGCUGUUUGACUUCCCUUCAGGAUUGCCUACACACAGUCCAGCUGGUCUUUAGCUCAUCCCACAAACAGCUCAUUGAACAUUUUGGCAUCACAUACCAACAUCAGGAGCCCUCCUCCAACCAGCUUUGUAUUUUGGAUGAGUUUGAGCUGGGACCAAGUGAGACGUUCCCCCGCAUAAAGGAUGCUCCCAAUUUGGAGCAGUGUGUGCUGGGCAGACAUCUGAGGGAGAUUCCAGGGGGAACAGCCAAGCUACAGCAAGCUUCCCAGUCCUUGCUUCAGGGGAUAACUCGUCUCCUCGAACUGGGUGAAGAAUGCAUAACAGAAGGGCAGAUGAGCCAGUUUCACAACCACAGCCAACUUCAAGCCGUUCUCUGCAGACACAAGAAGCUCCUACAGGUCCUCAGGUCUCAGUUGGCUUUUGUGCAGCAUCUGUUCCAACGUGAGCCAGAAGCGCUCAGGUGUCAAGAGGAUGAGCGGGUACAGUUGGAAGUCAGAGCUAAAGCUUUGCAGCAACAGGCUCUGGAACAGGAAGUAGCUUGUCAAAGGAGGAUCCAGGAGUGGACCCGGUGGGAGGAUAAUUGUGGUCGACUGAGCAAGCUGCUGGAUGAUCUUGAAGCCUUCAUCAGCAGUGGGGAACCAGAAGGAGAUGACGAGAAGGUGAUUCAGCACCGACAAGAUGCCUGCCAGCAAACAUUGGUCCAGCUGGAUGAGAGCAGAGUUGCUUUACGACUGCUCCUGGAUCAGGGGAAGGUGCUGCAGACGGAUCCAGGGUUUGCUGCCACAGUCAGUCAUGCAGGAGGCGCCCUGGAGCUGCGAUGGCAGAGGGCCUACAGGCGAACAGAGCAGGAGAUUCAACGCUGCAGAGAUAUGCGGGACAGCCAGGCCAGAUUCCAGACUGACUUUGCAUCAGUUAGUGAAUGGCUGGUUGGUGCCAACAAACGUUUGAAGACUUGGUCAAACCUGGCUGACACCCCUGACCUAAACGAGGAAUCGAUUAACAACAAUCUUAUCAAGCUGCUGGACUUCUCCAUGGAGCUUAAAGCCAUGUCAAAGCCAAGGACAUCUGUAUCCAGGGAAGCCACUCAGGUGCUCCGCCUGAGGGAAGCUGAUUGUCCCAGGCUAAGAGCUCAGCUCGCCAAGAUGGAGGUCAACUGGAGCCAGCUGACCUCUGAUCUGUCCAAGAUACAAGACCAGCUGCAGCAGCGGCUGCUGGUAGCAUGGCCACCGGUGAAGCUGCUGUCUGACCUAGAGGACUGGCUGAAGAAGCUGGAGGCUCGACUGAGCCAAGAGAAAACAGUCCUCAAGGCCAAAGAUGCUGCUCAGAUCACUGAAAUCUUGCAGCACUACCAGGAGUUAAAGGCAGGGAUGAUCAAUGGGCAGCUCCUUCUUGAUUUCCUGUGCCAGUCUGGGCCUCAGGUGUUGGGAGUGGACGCCCAGGUUCUCUGCUCCGAACGUACAAUGUUUGCCGAGAAACUAGGCGCCGUCAGACUACAGUGGCUGCACCUUCAGAGAGAGCUGGAGAGCCAGAUUUGUGAAGUUGAACAGAUACAUCACACUUGUACAGACAGAGAGAGGCAGUUACAUCGUCUUAACGGCUGGAUAGAACAGCAGAAAAAGCAGCUGAAUCAGUGGAGACAGCCCACCAGUCGAACUGUGGCUCGUAAGGCUCUACUGGAGUUGGAGGCUGUUGUGGGAAAAGGAAAGGAGGAGGCUGCAGCUUUGCAGGAGUUGAAAGCCCCUCGAGUGCAUGUUGAAAAGGAAGAGGAUCACCCUUGUGAUAUCUCCUUCUCUGGCCAGACAGAGAGUAUUUGUCAUGCUUGUGGAGAUCUCUGUCAACAGAUGGAAUCUCUGAGACCAGCUCUACAACAGACUGUGGAGGAGUGGAGUUGUUUUGACAGCGAUCUGAGGGAGGUUUCUCUCACCACUAGGUUGCGUUGUGCUCUACAGUAUCAGCCGCUGUUCUCACUGAAGCAGGCAGAAGGAUACAAGGACCUUCUCCAGCAACUCCAGGAGAAGGUCAGAAAAGGGGAGCAGCUUUGGGCAUCCUUGGACAAAUCCUAUCAGAGUCUAGUGAAGACUCUUCAUCAUGGAACAGCACAGGCACUGGAGGAUCAAAUGGAAGAAGAGCGAAAACGGUGGCAGGACGUGGUGCAGGAGCUAAAAGAUGAGCACAUGAAGACCGGCGAGACACUUUCCCUCUGGCAGGAGUACAUUCACCUCUCUGAUCAAUGCUCCCUUCACCUCCAAAACCUGUCGCAUCAGUGUGAGGGGCUGUCGAGAGCUUCAUCUCAACAGGACACUCAGGCCGUGGUUCACUCAGUGGAGAAGUUGCAGGAUGCUGCUAAGGAUUUGCAAACCAGAGUGGGAGAUGUUCUCGCAGCUUCCAAGCCUCUUAUUGGCCGUCUAGAACCACUGGCCGCAAAUUUAAUCCAAUCAGAGACCAGACUGCUGUCACGUGAUGUCCUGCUGUUGAGCCAGGCAAUGUCAAGAAAAAAGAAAAGUCUUCAGGAGGAUUUGAAACAACAGAAACAAUUUCAUGCUCAACUGGAGGCUCUUGAAAAGCGUAGCAACCAGCUUAAACUCAAGGCCAGCUUGAAUCACACAGAGUCUGUGGAGCAGGUUCUCUUGGAGCUCAGUGAUCUGUUUCCGUCACUGUUUGAUGUCAGGGAGAUGAGUGGCUACGUGACCCUUAACAAAAAUUACACAGAAAGACUGCACAUGCUCAGCAGGCAAUGGGUUGAAAGCAUGACUCGCUUGUCUGACAUGAACAGAGAGCUGCAGGCUGAGCAUCAGCAUUCUCAGAGCUUUCAGGAAAAGUGUAAGAACCUGACGUCUAUCCAGACGAAGCUUGAGGAGCAAUUCAUCUCCAAAAAAGAUGAAAAUUACUCCAGUCUCCAAGAGAUGCUGACUGUCCAUCAGAGACUUGAGGUUGUAAUGAAUAUUGGACAUCAGAUUCUGCAGGGUAUUCUCUGUCAUGCCGUCGAGUCUGUGGAAAAAGAAACGGGAGAGAAAAGAUCUAAGCUCAUGGCACAAGUGACCUGUAUGAGGGAGAGCUGGUUGAACUCUGUGGCUCUGGCUGACCAGCACAGGUCCCUGAUAAAAGAACAACUGGGCCAGUGGAGAGUCUACCAUCAUGGCUUGAAACUUUUGUGGAAGUUGAUGAUGGACGUUGACCCUUUGUUGCCCCCUGCUGGACCUGCUCUCUGUACACUGCAUCAGCUACGGAGCUGCACAGAUAAUUUUCAGUGUGUGGAAGACGCUCUGGGUUUGCACUCCACUGUGUACACCCAGACUCUGGAGGCUGGCAGGCAUUUAUGUAAAACCAUGACGGGGUCUGAGUGUCAGAGCCGACUGCAGUCAGACCUCCAGGCCAUACAGGAGGCCUGGGAACAAACCACUUCACUGCUGGAGAGGAGAAGAGCCCUAAUUAGCACAACAGUUCAGAAGUAUUCUCAGUGUCAGGAUGGGAUAACCAGCAUCAUGUCUGAACUGGAUGAGCUGAAAGUCAUGAUAAAACAGACGCUGCCUGAAAGACCGUACAGCUCAGAGGACAAGGAACACCUUCAGGAGACGGAGCUCUCUCUGCAGCGUCUGGCCAGUGGAUUGAGGGAAUUAACCACCAUGAAGACGGACCUGUCCCAGUACGUUGCGGCCGGUGACUCGGCUCUGCUGGAGCAGCAGCUGGAACAACUCCACAGCCAAUGGGAAGAGCUGUGUAUGAAGGUGUCCCUGCGCAGGCAAGAAAUUGCAGACCGUCUCAAUGCCUGGACCAUCUUCAAUGACAAGAACAAAGAGUUCCAUGAUUGGCUGACUCAGAUGGAGAACAAGGUGUGCCACAGCGGGGAUCUGAGCAUCGAGGAAAUGGUGGAGAAACUGAAAAAGGACUGCAUGGAGGAAAUCAACUUGUUCAGCGAGAAUAAGAGCCACCUGAAGCAGCUGGGUGAGCAGCUGCUGUUAGCCAGUGAUGAGGCUAAGCAGACCCGGGUCCACGGCUCGCUGCUGGAGGUCAACCAGCGCUGGCACAACCUCUUCCACCACAUCGAAGCCAGGGUAAAGAAACUGAAGGAGACUCUGGUGACGGUGCAGCAGCUGGAUAAGAACAUGAGUAACCUCCGCUCGUGGCUUUCACGCAUGGAGUCCGAGCUGUCCAGACCCAUCACCUACAGCGUCUGUCACCACCAGGAGAUCCAGAGGAGGCUGGCCGAGCAGCAGGAGCUGCAGCGGGACAUUGAGCAGCAUACGGAGGGCGUAGUGUCAGUAAUCAGUCUGUGCGAUGUUUUGCUGCGGGACGAAGAUGCUGCUGGUGGCACUGAGGUGGAGAACGACUCCCUGCAGGAGACCAGCCAUAGCCUGGACCAGCGCUGGAGGACCAUCUGUGCCAUGGCUCUAGACAGGAGGCUCAGGAUUGAGGAGACGUGGCGACUGUGGUGUAAGUUCCUCGAUGACUACUCGCGGUUCGAGGAUUGGCUCAAGAUAGCCGAGCGAACCGCUGCCAACCCCAGCUCUGCAGACGUCCUUUAUACGGUCGCCAAGGAGGAGCUCAAGAAGUUUGAGAGUUUCCAAAGGCAGGUUAAUGAGCGGCUGACCCAGCUGGAACUGGUCAAUAACCAAUACCGCCGCCUGGCCAGGGAGAACCGCACUGACCGAGCCAGCCAACUCAAAGCCAUGGUGCACGAAGGCAACCGCCGCUGGGACACCCUGCACCGCAGAGUGGCCGCCAUCCUCCGCAGACUCAAGUACUUUACCAGCCAGAGGGAGGAAUUUGAAGGCACCAGGGAGAACAUGCUGGUGUGGCUGACCGAGCUGGACUUGCAGCUCACCAAUGUCGAACACUUUUCAGAGAGCGACAUCCAUCACAAGAUACAACAGCUCAAUAGCUUCCAGAAGGAGAUCACCCUGAACACAGAGCGCAUCGACGGCCUAAUAGUCUUUGGAGAGGGUCUGAUCCAGAAAAGCUCCCCGCAGGAUGCGGCGCUGAUUGAAGACGAGCUGGAGGAGCUGCACUCCUACUGCCAGGAGGUUUUCAGCAGACUGGUCCGCUUCCACCAGCGCCUCAGCCAGCCCCCGACAAUCAAAGAAGAACCGGAGAUCUCUAGUACAUCCUUUUCUUUGGAGUCGAGCUUGGAGCUGAUUGGCCGGCCGUGGCUGGGGCGGAGCCAAGGAAGCCUCCCGGCCACACCCACCCACCUGCUGGCCUCUCCGCUGGAGCGUUCGGGGCGGGAGACCCCAGUGAGCGUGGACUCCCUGCCGCUGGAGUGGGACCACACCGGAGACGUUGGAGGGUCAUCCUCACAUGAGGAUGAUGAGGUGGAGGAGGGGGAACAUGAAGAUGAGAGAAUUUACUUCAGCGCAUCAGUUUCAAGCAGGUCCAUGGCCGCACAUGACUCUCCAAGAUGGCGAUCACAGGAAGACAAGGAAACAGAGUCUCUCCAGCUGGACUCGGAGGGCCACACCGAGGCUCCACCCAAUCUCACCAGCACCCCUCUAAAGCAGGGCUAUUUGCAUCUCAUGUCUCAGUGCAGCGGCAGCAUCGAGGACAUUAAAAGAGUCUCACUGAUCCUGGACGAUGAGGAGCAGCCAGAGGAGCUCGGUCUCACAGGACUGACUGCCUCAGACAAACAGUCAGGUGUGAUCGAACGCUGGGAGCUCCUUCAGGCUCGGUCCAGGAGCUACCAGCACGAUGGCCUUCAGGAACCUCAAGAGCUCAUCUCUGACCUUGAUGACAUCACUUCCUGGUUAGAAGACGUGAUCCCAGAGCUAGAGCGCCUCCAGCAGGUGGACCCAGCAGCCAGUGUUGAGGACAUGGCAACCAGAGCCAAAGAACUAAAGGAGAUGCAGAAGACAUUUACUCGCUACAAGUCUGUGAUGCUGUCUGUCAACCUGCGAGCUCAGGAAGCUCCAGAGCUUCAGGAGAGACUGGCACGUAUGAACAGAGACUGGAGCAGAGCGUGUACAGGCCUCCAGCAGUGGGACACCAGUAUGAGGAAGACGCUGAUGCGCUGCCAGGAGUUCCAUGAGACCCUCCACUCUCUGCUGUUGUGGCUGGCCCACGCAGAGAGCAGGCGCUAUGCGGUGGACAUCAGUCACCCAGACACACCUGUCAGGGCCCUGCAACACCACCACAAGACACUCACAAAUCUGCAGGAGGAGCUAGAUGGCAGGCAGACUCAGCAGGCCUCACUCCAGGCUUUGUGGUCUCAGCUCCAGCCUGAGGAUGAGGCUGAGGAGAGCGACGAGGCCCAGGAGAAACUCCACGUGACCAGUAGCAAACUGAAGUUACUGCUGAGGCAGGUGGACCAAGACCUCAGCACCCUGCAACAGCGCCUGGAUCGUGAAUCAUCAGAAGUCCAAGGCCAAAGCACUUCUGCAGAUCUUUCUGAGGAGGCCACAAAUUCAAAGAAAGGUUCCUCUAGUCAAAGAGAGAAGAGGGACUCACCCCCACCUCGUUCCUUCUUCUCCCGGGUCCUUCGUGCAGCCUUCCUCCACCUCCUCCUACUGUUCCUCCUCCUCCUGCCCUGUCUUAUUCCCAUGUCAGAGAGCGACCCCAGCUGUACAGGGGCCAACAACUUUGCCUGGUCCUUCUACCCCAUGUUACGCUACACCAACGGCCCACCACCCACCUGAUAGAGAUGUACUUUGGGUGAUCGGACACUGAGAAACACAUGCCACCUUUUUUGACACAAUAACCACGAGUACAAAAUGUCUAACAAAAUUUAAAUGUUAAGUUGAUGAAGCGAUUGUCUUCUAAAAAACAUCCAAAGUGCAGAAAUUGUAUUUGAGUGUCUAUUUUUAAAGAUUUGAUCUUAUAUUUAUUCCAUGAACAAAACCUCCCAUUUGUCUCUAUUUCAGUAAGGAAAACACCAUGUGUGGGGUAAAAAGAAAUUGAUAUUUUAGUUUAAUAAUGCAAAGAUCUUCCAAGAAAUGAAUCACUGCAUCCUCUUGGAGAUCUCCCUGCAAGGAGUCGUACAGUAGAUGGGGUCCUGACACUUGGGGAGAGGUAAAGCAGCAUACAGUAUAUACUGUAGCAGCGACUGCAAAGAGGCACACGGUAACAGGUAAGAUACUUUAAAUAUCCUUCAGCUACUGUAGAAGCCAGCAAACAUAUAUUCCACUGGGUAAUAAGAGGUUGCAACCAAGUAUGAUGAGGGGAAAAAACAACAGUAAAACAGUAUUUUCUUUUACAUGUUUAUAUUCAGAUAUGUCUCCUGCCUCGGUCCUAAAACUCUCCAUUUUAUGAACUGUUGACAUUUCAUUUUGUCUAAUUUGACCCUGCAUACAAAAAGCAGUUCAAUCUGUUAUAUUAUGAAACAUUGUUUUUUUUACAACAAGAUACUAGUUACAUUGGAAUGUAAUCUUUAUAAGGCCAACAGUACAAAAUGAUAGUUUUAUACACAUCAUUGUAUAUGCAUAUUUUUUAGAUGCUUUUUCUUGAGUAGAUUUCGAGCAGAGUACAUUUCCAUGCCUGUUUAAACACUAUAGAUUUAGCAGGAUGAUGUGUAUGUAGAGAAUGUAAUAUAAUGCUUAUUUAUAACUGUAAUUGUGGAAAUAAUGCUCCUAAUUAAGUAGUAAACACUGUCUUAGUUGUAUUUACUCAUGAUUUUUUUCCCCAUGUUCAGAAAUGAACCCAUUUAUGAUUUUGAGAGAAAGAUACAGUAAGCUUUGGUCAGGGAAUAAACCUUUAAAAUACA